UAUUUUUUUUUCAAAACAAAUGAAUCUAUUUUGAUUGUUUUGCAUUGGAGACGCACAGCCAAGUCGUGGGAAGUGAAAAGUUCGACCAAAUCAGAGACGGAAAAGAUGGGGAUCGAGAUCGGUGGUGGGAUUGAGAGAAUAAACGGUACAGAGCUGACUUACGAUGCUUUUGCAGAGACGUUUUUGGCCAAGAACCUGCCAGUGGUCCUGACCCAUCUCACCGACGAUUGGAGAGCUCGACGAGAUUGGGUCGAUGAAAAUGGUUGCCCUAAUCUUCAGUUCUUCGUCACCCACUUCGGGAAAUCCAAAGUUCAUGUCGCAGAUUGCGAUACUAGAGAAUUUACUGAUCAGAAAAGAGUAGAAAUGUCUGUUGCUGAAUUUGUCGAACACUGGAUUGAGGAUUCCACCGAGGGCAAGCUCAAAGACGCCAGUUAUUGCGGUAAAGCAAAGUCUAAUCUCUAUCUGAAAGACUGGCACUUUGUCAAGGAGUACCCACAGUAUAUUGCCUACAGAACUCCUCCACUAUUUGGCGAUGACUGGCUCAACAUUUAUCUAGACAGUUACCAUAUGCACGAGGAUCGUGACACUUUCCAGAAGUAUGAUCAAAUAAGUUGCUCUGACUAUCGUUUUGUUUAUAUGGGAGCAAAAGGAUCUUGGACGCCUCUACACGCUGAUGUUUUUAGGUCGUAUAGUUGGUCAGCAAAUGUAUGUGGUCGGAAAAGAUGGCUUUUUCUUCCUCCCUCGCAAAGUCAUUAUGUUUUUGACAGGUAUAUGAAAAAUUGCGUCUAUGACAUCUUUGAAGAUGUUGAUGAUACUAAAUUCCCGGGUUUUAAGAAGACUACUUGGUUAGAAUGCAUUCAAGAACCCGGUGAAAUUAUUUUUGUUCCCAGUGGCUGGUAUCAUCAAGUAUAUAACUUGGAAGACACGAUAUCGAUAAACCACAAUUGGUUCAAUGCCUACAAUCUUUCCCGGGUGUGGGAUCUAUUGUGGAAGGACUACAAGGACACUGAGGAAUCAAUAGAAGACAUUAGGGACAUUUGUGAUGAUUUUGAAGCUAUCUGCCAGCGUAAUCUCGCUGCAAACACAGGAAUGAAUUUCAUCGACUUCUUCAUGUUCAUGUCGAGAUUCUGUUUGGGAAAUGUGGUUUUACUGCAUACCUGCUGCGAGGAAAGCAAACCCGAAAAUGCAAGUUCAUCGGCCAUGGCGAAGAAUUUGGCGUCAAAUCUCUCGGGAAUACGGGAGAUUAUGCUGACGAUGAAAUCCGUAGAUGGCUUAGCUGUGAACAGAGUUUAUCUGGACCUGAAAGCGACAAUGGAGGAUCCUCACUUUCUCAAGUUUUGCAGAGACAUGGGAAGAACAUAUACAAUGAUUCACAACGACGACGACGAAGAAGAGGUUCUGUAUUGGGAGGAAGUAUCACUGGUCACUGGUUUGACUGAUUACAAGACAGAGAUAUGUUCUCCAGAAGAUGUGGUCGACAUGAUAGACCGUGCUCGUUCGUGUCUUUGUUUGCAUGAAUGUCAGAAAAAGAUUGUCACUGUCCGAGUUUAAUUGUGUUGGCGUCAGAAAUCAAUUGUAAUUAUAAAUUAUGCCAUUCCACUUUUUUAAUGAAAUGACUGUAAUAUUAUGUUUAGACUUUAUCAGUUCCUUAUAA